UUUCCAAUUAGACCACUUGUUGAGUAGAGAAGAUAACAAAGAGAAAAUUACGGUGAUUGGAGGAUUACCUUCCCAAAUCUCAAAAAUCGGAUACAUAUAAACCGACCUCCAAGGCAUGGCUUCAAUACCAAACCAAGUAUUGACCAAUCCCCCAGCCCCACCCUUCCAGCCACCAUCUUCUCCAAUCCCCAAUGAGCUCGGAGAUCCAACUCCAUGCCCCCGGAGAGGGAGGAGGUGAUGGUGGCUGCGGCCGCUCUCCACCUAGUAAUAAAUUGCCAGGGCCCAUGGGAUCCUCAUCAAGUCCCAUCCAAGAAUCCAUGCUCCCAAAACCCAAUCCAUCGAGAGCCAACAAGCUGACACUCAUCCCCCUCAUCUUCCUCAUCUACUUCGAGGUGGCCGGCGGCCCCUACGGCGCGGAGCCAGCCGUCGAGGCGGCGGGGCCCCUGCUCGCCCUCCUCGGCUUCCUUAUCUUCCCCUUCAUCUGGAGCAUCCCAGAGUCGCUCGUGACGGCGGAGCUGGCCACCGCCAUCCCGGGCAACGGUGGCUUCGUCCUCUGGGCGGACCGCGCCUUCGGCUCCUUUCCCGGCUUUAUGAUGGGAAGCUGGAAGUUCCUCAGCGGCGUCAUCAACAGCGCCGCCUUCCCGGUCCUCUGCGCCGACUACCUUGCCCGCGCCGCCCCGGUGCUCGGCGACGGCCUCCCCCGCGACGCCACCGUCACCGGGAUGAACCUCCUGCUAUCGUUCGUCAACUACACGGGCCUGACCAUAGUCGGGUACACGGCGGUGGCGCUGGGGAUCGUAUCGCUGAUGCCAUUCGUGCUGAUGUCGGCGAUCGCGGUGCCGAGGCUCCAUCCGAGGCGGUGGCUGGAAGGGGGGAAGGACAGGGACUGGAGGCUGUUCUUCAAUACGCUGUUCUGGAAUCUCAACUUCUGGGACAGCGCCAGCACGAUGGCCGGGGAGGUGGACAGGCCGGAGAGGACGUUCCCCAGGGCGCUGCUGGUGGCGGGGCUGAUGACCACGCUUGGCUACCUCCUGCCGCUGAUGGCGGCCAUCGGGGCCACCGAUGCUCCGCAGGACGCGUGGGGCGACGGCUUCUUCGCCGACGCCGCAGGCAUUAUCGCUGGGAAGUGGCUCAAAUAUUGGAUAGAGGUGGGAGCGGUGUUGUCAGCGAUGGGGCUCUACGAAGCUCAACUGAGCAGCAGCGCAUUUCAGCUGCUGGGGAUGGCAGACCUUGGCUUGCUUCCUCGCAUCUUCGCCUCCAGGGCCAAGUGGUUCAAAACCCCCUGGAUGGGGAUCUUGAUAUCGAGCCUCAUCACCCUCGCCAUUUCCUUCAUGAACUUCGAUGACAUUAUCUCGUCUGCAAAUUUCCUUUACAGCCUUGGGAUGCUCAUGGAGUUUGCUGCAUUCCUGUGGCUAAGAAGGAAGGACCCCAACCUUGAGCGGCCUUACCGUGUGCCCAUGAGGCUGCCGGGCCUGAUGCUCUUGUGCUUGGUUCCCUCAGCAUUCCUGCUCUUUGUGAUGGCCAUUGCAACCUGGAAGGUGUUUGUGAUCAGUGCUGGGUUGACAGCGUUCGCUGUUGGAGUUUAUUUUGUAAUGGGAUUUUGUAGGAAUAGAGGAUGCCUGAAAUUUAACAAAGGGGAACAGAUGGGUGAGGAGAUGAGAGAAGAUGAGAAAAGUGGUGAGGUGUGAGGGUUGGCGCUAGCUUAUCAAGUUGUGGAGGACAAAAUCAAGCUCUGUAUGUACUGAAUUAAAGGACACUGACACCCAAGUCGGUCGUAGGAAUGUAAUUAAUAUUGCAUGAUUUAUAUAUAUAUUCACCGUCAUUUUUAUA